CUUACUCUGGCUUAUACCAUCACUUACACCUUACCUCGUAGGACGUUCAAAUCCUCACCUCCCUAUCACGGCACCUCAUCCUUACUCUUCUGGCCAUCUACAUUGAUACCCUCCGGCCAAUUCCUUCUUCUAGACGCUGUCGUCUACUACACUCAGAUCCAUAUCACCACGCGUCUGAUCUGACUAGUGUCGGAUCACCUGCGACUUUACACGCCCUCGCCUUACACAUUUACCGAGUGCUGAACAGGUACCACCCAUCAUGCCGUCUUUCGACCGCUACUAUGCCUCGUCGCCCGUCGUCACCAUGCCAGCACAGGUCGCCCACAACUUCUCGUUUGGCAAGUCCUACCUGGACCAACAAGCCUCGCUCAGCCAGCACGUCUCAUGGCCGCAACUCCUCCGCAACUGCUCCGCGGCCGGCCGCAAACGCUCGCGCGAUGAAGCCGCCGUCAACCUCGAUCCUCCUGAGAAGAUUGUUGAGCCCGUCAUUAAGGAGUCGGAAGACGAAUGGGUCACCGGCCCCGGAAUGACCCUCAUCAGAAAGAAAAGCGGAUAUGUCGCAGAUGCCAGCAGCCAAUCCGGCACCUGGGUCGACGAGAAGGCUGCCCUCGAAGCGGCGCGCAAGUCCGAAGAGGCUCUCAGCUUGCAGCAGCAAAUGUCCCAAGAAAGACCAUCCCUGCGCAGCCACAAAUCGCAACGGCUCGAUGUUCGCUCCUCCAACAGCAAUCCCACCAGUCGCGGCGGCAGCCCAUCGCGCGACACAAGCAACCCAAUGACCGCCUCAUCGGAUUCGUUGGCCGGCCCAAUUGUUGACGACUUCACCGUCCAUCUCGGCAUCGGGUGGGCCCGAAUCGGCGAAAAUAUCCAAGUCGCAGCUCGUGGUUGGGCGCGCUACAUCGAAAACCACUACCCCGUCACCAAUGCCAAGAUCCUAUUGGAAAGCCGUGGCCUGCAGGCGUAUCUGGUUGAGGCUACCGAAGGGUACUUCCUAUUCGCCGAGAACCUUCGUCAAGGGCGACUUGUCAGCAAGACUGCCGAUGGCAUGCUUCAAAAUCUCAAGGGAACACCGCCUGUUUUCGAUGGCCCUGUCACAAUGGAUGCCUCCCAAACGACCAGGCCCACCAACGCUGGCCCAUCUAUCUUUGAUGUUGCCAGCGAGAUGGACAUGAGCUAGAGCGUCACAUGAUUGCGUUCUUCUUUCUUCAAUAUUGGAUUUGGGGUGUUUUUCUGUGGUUGGUUGGCGUUACUGGGGACUGGGCGACAUGGGUUUCGGGCGUUGAUUGGCGAACGACAAAAGAGGUCACGACCGGCAUGGCCAAUGCGUGGCUCAACGACUUGCCAGCGAUUCGAUUUUUCUGCGAUUCUUUUGAUCAAUAUCUUUCAUCAGAACUGACUUUCAGUGAUUUUUAUCUUUUACGCAAACGGUUUG